CCCCUCCCCGCCUCACCACCCGACUUCCUGUCGAAUCGCUCUCCUUGCCCACGUAAUCCUCAACCUCCCUGCCACAGCCAAAUUGCCCUCUCUACCAGGCCAUGUCCAUGUUGGCUCCCGGCUGAUUAAUAGCAGCUACCGCUCCGAUGUGACGAGUGACGAGCGACAUCUGAGUCACUCUGCAUCGCACAGCACCACAGCACCACAUCACACAUCACACAUCACACAUCACCACAAUACAUUCACUUCCUCCCCUGGCACUACCCACUUAGACAUAGCUAUUUGCUCAUCCACUCAUACACCCACAAACACUGAGGUCACUACUUCGUGGAACUCGCUAAGAAAGGAUUCAUAAAUGGCAGUGCUUCCAAAGACCCAAGUGUUUCGGUCUAUGCUUCUGCCAACCCUUGACUGUACAUGAGUACCGACCUUGUACCGAUCGCAUCAAGAGUGACAUCUACAAAUACCUCGAGUAGGUACAAGUUAGGCCUACCUACUAUCUGGUGUUGGCAAAAAGGGCGCUAUUUGGUGAAGUAAUAGCUAAUCAAAACCAGACUACAGGCAAAUCCCUCAAUUCGCAGACACCAGUUUCAUGUUUUCAUGACAUGUUCCUCCGUAACGCACGCCGUCUUCGCGGCACCGCAUUUCCAACCUGAUCCCACUCCAACCGACAAGUCAACAUCCUCCUUACACCUCUCCUCUGAUAUAUACAGGUGACUGCUGGCAGAGAAGGUGUGACUAUGUCGGCCAACAACGAUUUCCCCUCGGCUCCGUCCUUCAUGCCUCUGGGCCUGGUAUCCCGUCGCGGUUCCCUAGCUUCAACCACUGGAUCCACUGCAGUUGAUAGAGAACAACUCGCUCAGGCGCUGGAUAAAAUACAUAGCACAGCAUGCCAGUCAGAGACACUUACGACAUUCAAUGAGUUCGCUGCACCACCUCUCCCAUCUACAAGCACUGAGAGCAAAGGAAUCACGGGGGAUAUCAUGCAUAAUGGGCUCAGUGGCCUAUACAGUCGAUUUCGUGGAGCUGUAGGUGCUGUAAAGGAAAAGACUAGUUCUACAUCAAACAAGGUAGAGGAUGGAGUUGAAGUUGCUUCCGUCAAAAGUCAAACUAGCGCAACUCCCACCUCCAAGGGCUCCAUGGCACCAGCUAGAGAAGAUAGUGCUUUGACUAUAUCCCCUGUCCCUUUCUCAACAUCUUCAUCCCAGGUUCAUUCUCCAACAACUGCCUUGUCCUUUGUGGCUCCAUCUUCUGAAAGCCAAUCCCAGGCUACGAAAUCAUCCAAAACAUCAUUGGUCUCCACCUCUGCUACCUCAAAAUCAACGCCCUCAGACAGGCCUUCUAUCGCACCUUUGACUAAAGCAACUGCCUCAGCGGUAGCCACCCCCACAGUUGCAACGGUAAACGCUUUCAAGGACAGCGAGAGCCAGAGAACAGAGUCUCACAAAUCUGAAGCGAAUUCCUCGGCCAGCACCCCAGGUCCAUAUGAAAACCAGACCGGGUUUGCCUUUGGAGAUUCGCGACAUGGGAGUCUGGCUAUAGAAGACGAGAUCUUGGUGGGUGAGUCUGAGAUUACGGACGAUGAUAGAACAGAUGACGGGAGAUCCGGGACAACUCCACAGCUCAUACAGGAAGCUCUAGGAGCAGACGGAUCUAUAGAAUCUCGGCGGGUACCCACGGAUGGGUCAAAAAGCGCAUCCACUGCCCUUUCUUCUCUCCAAGCCACAGACUCAUCUCGUGCUAAUGUCUCCCAGAGACGAGGCGGUAUCACUGAAGGAUCAAAACGACCGGCUGCUCUUGAGCGUAUCACGCAGUCUUAUUUGGCUGGCUAUCAAGCAUCAAGAGCUACAUCCACUGACCGUAGCACGGCAGAGGCGAAUCCUGUACAUACCUCCGCGCAUAAUAAUGUUCGUCAUGGGUCGUUUUCAGUUGGCUAUCUUGAUGUUGAGGACGGAUCGCGAACGUAUUCCGGUUCGCAUCGUAUUCCUGGAACGACAAUUAAUGAGGGCGCGCCCGAAGCCGUCAGCGCGCGAUUGGAGCAAAUGAGAAAGCAGGUACGGAGCAAAGAAUUCUGGAUGAAGGAUGACAUUUGUAGCGAAUGUUGGCACUGUGGUGAUGCAUUUUCAGCCUUUCGAAGAAAGCAUCAUUGUCGGACCUGUGGGUGCAUAUUCGAUUCGAAAUGCACCUCUAUAAUAUCCGGGGAACGUUUUGGGGUCCAUGGCUCCCUGAGAGUAUGCAUAAAAUGUCUUGAUAUCAUCAACCGACGCCAUGAUAGCAGUGGAUCAGAUGAAUCUGCGGAUGAGACGUCUCUUCCAAGAUUCUUCCAUUCGCAGCAAGCAAAGUUUGAUGCAAGUACGAAAGCUGAAGCUGAGAAUACUGAUCAUGCUCAGGAAGAGCGACGGCCAACUCAAGAUCUCACAGGCAAACCUUUGCCCACUCCGAUGAUGGCCAUCCCGGCAACAAGGAGAAUAGGAGACUCCGCCAACCGACGUUCAGCUGUUCUGGAAAUCGAUUCUCCUCAACUUCCUAGGCCAGGUUCAUCAAGAUCCUUGAAACCUGGCUCUGUUCCUGGUCGACCACCGUCUUCCAGUCAUAGAAGGCAUCAAUCUAAACAUAAUUUUCUCGGUCGCUUCAAAGCUACUGUUGAGGAAAGAGCACCCUUUCACCGCGGGGUUACAGAGGACAAGAAAUCACGGCUUCCAGCAUUCCACGAUGACAAUAUUAUCGAUCCAGACCUGGCUCCAUACAUGUCUGAUGAAGGGUCUAGUGCAGACGAACAGAUGAGCAUCUUUGCAACCAUGAAUAGCGGAGCAAUGGUUACUCCGAGCUUUGAAAAUGACCGUUCUGGCUUUGGCUCGCUAAUGAGCGCAAGCAAGAGACACAGAGCACGGACGACAGAGAAGAGUGUCAGUGGUAUCAGCUUCACCAGCCGUGGCAUGGACGAACCGGCGGUAACUCCUUCAAUUGGGGGAUACUCUCGGCCAAAUAGACGACGAAAUCUCAGUACCGCUAGUAACCACUUGCACCCACGUUCCUCUCCACGAUCCAUCCUUCCAGGCUUCGGCAAUCUGGAUGAAGAGAUGAUGGGUAUUGAGAAUGCAUCAACAAAUGCAACACUAAUGCCAGCCGGUAUCACGAGAAGUGCUUCUAUGAGAGAUGCUAAAGCGCCGGCUAUGGAGUUGAAUGAUGCUAGUCUGCACCAUGUGCGGCGACUAUUGCUUCAACUCUUGGAAGACAAUAAGAUCCCAAAUGUUGCUUCUUGGGAAAAGGCUUUGGUUCCUAUCCUUCUCCAGUGUACUGACGACGUGAACCCCAAUGUACGACAAGACGAAGAUAUGGAUAUUCGACAUUUCGUCAAGGUCAAGAAGAUCCCAGGUGGUAAACCUGGCGACACGUCCUAUGUGUCUGGAGUCGUUUUCACAAAGAACUUGGCACUCAAGAGCAUGCCUCGGACUAUAUCUAAUCCACGAAUUGUGGUUGUGUCAUUUCCCAUUGAAUAUCAACGGCACGAACAGCACCAUUUCAUGAGCCUCGAACCUGUCAUUGCCCAGGAAAAGGAGUUCCUAAAGAAUAUGGUCAACAGAAUUGCUUCGCUGCGGCCACAGCUUGUUUUGGUCCAGAAACAAGUCUCAGGUCUCGCGCUUCAGUACUUGGCCGAAGCUAACAUUGCCGUGGCCUACAAUGUGAAGCAAUCGGUUAUUGAAGCCGUUUCCCGAUGUGCCCAAACUGAAGUCAUCAACUCUAUUGACAUGGUUACAUUGCGGCCUCCUCAUCUAGGCAAAUGCUCGGGAUUUGACGUCAAGACUUUCGUUCAUAGGGACAUACCAAAUAGAAAGAAGACUUAUAUCUACCUUUCGGGUUGUCCUAAAGAUCUUGGGUGUACCAUUGUCUUGCGCGGGGCCAGCAUUCCUGUUCUAACUAAGAUGAAACAAAUCACCGAAUUCAUGGUUUACGUCGUCUACAACCUCAAACUAGAAACUUGUCUGAUGCGAGAUGAAUUUGUUCAGAUCCCAUCUGUGGCUGAAAAUAGUGGUAACAUUUCCCCAACAUUACAUCACACAUCUCGGGGAGCCAAUACAGCUAGCACUUCCAAUGGCCCCCAGGGCGACACUGUGACCGCUGCGACGGACAAAUUGCAAGCGGUAGCUGACGCUGGAAAUGACACGUUACCGGAAAAUGACAAGAAUGUUGACGAAGCAAGCAAGGAUCCAAGCCGCUCAUCACAGCCCUCGAGUGUUGAAACCAGCAAUGGGGAUAUUUCACAAUUGUCAAAUAGCGAGAAGUUUGACCAAAAUGCUCCAAGACCAAAGUUCGUGUCGGCUCAUGAGUCGCAUGUCCAUGGUCCUCACGAGGAUCAAAUACAAGAAGACAUUAAUAACGCGACGUUCUACAGCGACAUUGUUGACAAACACCAAACUAAGAUUCUUUCCAUAUCGCCGUUUGUCAAGUUUGUGCAACCUUACUUGCUGAUGAAGUCUCGAGAACAAGAAAGACGGCUGGCAUUAUUGAAAAAGCUUCGAGAUAAGGAUACGUUCGAAGAGCAGACCGAGAACGAAAAGUCCAAACCCCAGAAGUUCCAGCUUAUCAAGCCUGAAAUGGUCCACGAAACCGUCAAAAGAGCCCCGAGGCAGAUAAUGGAAGUUCUCCAUGCUGUUCAUGAUGCCGAGUAUGACAAAGCUUUGCACAUUUACCAGACGCAAAGACGACAAUUCGAGAAUUAUAUCCAAGGCAACCUUGACCUUUACGAACCUUACGCGCACCAGAACAUCACCGUUUUGCACACGCUGGUUUGUACUGCGACCACCAUUCCCUGCGCUGGGCCCGAACUGCUGUCUUUGGUAUUUUACAAGGAAUUUGACUUGCCACGAGACGAAUUCGACCCUGACUGCACACUUGGCAGUUAUGUGGAGGAUCUCUGCAGGAGCAUCAACACUGUCUGUACAGCUAAUGGAUGUGACCGAAAGAUGUCAGAACACCACAGAACUUACGUUCAUGGCGAGGCACGCAUUACCGUCUUUGUUGAAAAGUCGCCAUGUAAAUUGAAGGGUCAUCAAGGCUCUAUCCUGAUGUGGAGUUAUUGCAAGGUUUGUCAGAAAGAAACCCCAGUUAUGCCCAUGUCAGAGAGUACUUGGAAGUACUCUUUGGGCAAAUAUCUUGAGCUUUCCUUCUGGAGCAGUGAGUUGCGUUUACGAGCCGGUCAUUGCUCACAUGAUAUCCACCGGGAUCACCUCCGAUAUUUCGGAUAUCAGAAUGUCGCGGUUCGGAUACACUACGAUCCAAUUGAUGUCCUCGAAAUUGUUGUUCCUCGGACACGUGUCACAUGGAAGGUGGAUAACGAUUUGAGGUUGAAAAACGAUAUGUUCACCAAGGCAGAGGAGAGAUGGAACCGAUUUAUGACAUCAGUCCACUCCAGAAUUAAAGGCAUAAACAUCGACAGUGUUGCACCGGAGAAAGUGGAAGCUUGCAAGACACAGGUAGAGACUCUCGCAAAGCGAGCUCAAGAGGACCAUGGGGCUCUCAUUCGAAAACUUCGAGAGCAAUACAUGAACUCGAAGUACUAUGAAAUAAUUCCAUUGAACAGAGCCAUAAGAUCUAUGCAAGAGAAAGUGGCAGAGUGGGAUAGCGCUUUCGCCAAUUUCGAUGCGGACUUUUUCCCGUCGGAAAAGGAUAUUAGGAGACUGGCUGCUCUUCAACUUAAAAAAAUGUUUAUAGACAACAAUGAGUCGACAACAUCAGUAGUGUCUGCGGGUACUAACGAGAAGAUCUCCAGCAUAGAUGAGAAAUCACCGUCUGAUUCAGUUGAACUUACUCCUCAGACUUCCAAUGUAUCAACGGAAGCUGCUCAAGCGGCACUUUCAGCGGUUGUCGAAGAAGAAAAGAUAUCAUCAACGGCUACAGAUCCUCCAGAGCCGCAACCAGUACCAGAAACACCCCUUCCAAAUUCUGGCACCGAACAAGACUUGAUCAUUGAUGAUGAGGGCAUUGAGCCCUUGGAUCUUGCCAUACCAGAAGAAGAUGGUGAUGUCCAAUCUCCUUCUGCCGAAAUUCCUUCUUCGCCUGGGACUUUUACCCCCAUAACUCUAUCUGAAAGUGAACUGCCUCGUUCACGCCAAGCUUCAGUAUCUGCCGGUUCAGCGGGGCUGAUUCAACGGGUGGAAUCUAUUCGAAAACUGAACCAUACGAAUUCUGGUGGACAAAGUUCUCAACCAGAAAAUUCUAGCAUACCUCGCCGAUCCGAGCGCGGCGAAGGCACAAGGAAGAGUAUCUCAGCUAACUCUCCUCCGAUGAAUAGAACCCGGUCUCAGCCGGUUGUGGCAACACGCCGAUCGACCGCGAAUAGUAAAGGAUCGAGGACUGAAAACAAGAAAUCAGACGAACCUUCGGCGCCUCUCGAGAGCCUGAGGACCUCGGCAACCGAGCCUAUGAAAGCGACAGACAAGAUAUUUUCUGCGAGGCUGGGACUGGGUACCAUCAAUAAAAGCAGAAAAGGGCACUCGUUGAUUCCUAGGUCCGUUCAUGGGAAGCGGAAAUCAGAUUCCAAAGUCUCAACUUUAGCCAAGCAUUUUGAGCAACUGAGUCGUGAGUUUGAGAGAGAGCGACAGAAAGACAAAAGACAACGCGCUGCCAAAGCUUCUCAAUCCAGAGCGCUCCCUAAGGCAUCAUCUAAGCCCAUCGUUGAGGUGUAUAAGGAUGUGAAUGAAGCAGUUGAAGAGCGUGGUCCAAGCGAGGAAGAUCAUGCUGCAGUACCGCCAACACAGCCCGUGUCUGAAAUGCCUUCCGUGAUCGAUGGUCUUGCUGACCUUAAUACGAAGUCUGCCAGUGGGGAAACAGCACCCCAUUCCCCAACUGGCACUGCUGCCACCGCGGAUGAGACUGCGACGGAAGCGGAGACUGAUGAUAAUCAGCCAACAGCAAGUCAGGUGAAUUCCGAUGAUGAAGGAACCAUAAGUGACGCAGAUCACUCCCUGUUGGAAGACCUUAUUCCUGGGGCUGAUGAAAUAAUAACCAAUUCUUUGAGGCCUUCGGACAUCAGCCUGGAUAUUCCCAAACACGAGAAAAAGAGUUUGAUGCAGAUGCUAACCAACUUUUGGGCCGAAAGAUCAGCAAGUGGUUGGACACCUUUAGACUACCCCAUCAGUGCCAGUGAUCACAUCUUCACGGACCAGGAUGUUAUUAUCAGAGAGGACGAGCCUAGCUCCCUCAUAGCAUUUACUUUACAAUCACAGGCCUACAAAUUGAAUCUAGAAGAGAUCCGCGCCCGUGGCGAAGCUAGCAAACAUGAGCAUCCUCCAUCAUCCGACUCAGGCACACCUGACUUGUGUGAUGACGGCGUAGAUCAAGCGGAGGUCGAAACUUCGCUGCUUCGCUCAACCGGGACACAUCUGGGAUUCUCCUUCUCGGAUGGAUCUGCCAGUAUGAAAUGCAAGAUCUUCUACGCUGAGCAAUUUGAUGCCGUUAGAAGAAAAUGUGGUGUCUCGGAUCGAAUUGUUGAGUCUUUAUCGCGAUGUCUCAAAUGGGAUUCCAAAGGUGGCAAAACGAAAUCGGUCUUCUUGAAGACAUUAGACGAUCGUCUGGUAGUCAAGUCACUCUCCCCUAUCGAAAAGGAAGCCUUCCUCAAAUUUGCACCUGCUUAUUUUGGGAUCAUGGCUGAGGCUCUGUUCCAUGAUCUUCCGACUGUGAUUGCGAAGAUGCUGGGCUUUUACACGAUUAUUAUUAAGAACCCGGUUACGGGAACAGAGAUCAAAUGGGAUGUUCUUGUUAUGGAGAAUCUGUUUUAUGAUCGCUCCCUUACGAGGAUCUUUGAUCUUAAGGGUUCGAUGCGCAAUCGGAAAAUUCAGAGUACCGGGGAGCAAAAUGAGGUUCUGCUUGAUGAGAACAUGGUGGAGUUUAUUUAUGAGUCUCCGCUUUUUGCACGGGAGGUAUGUGCUUUCUCCCUUCCACAUCCAUCGUUCCCAAUUUCCCAGUACCCAACUAACCUUGUCUGUGAUGUUAUAGCAUAGCAAGAAACUCCUCAAAGCGGCGAUUUUCAAUGACACUCUGUUCCUGCAACGAAACGACGUCAUGGAUUACUCCCUAAUGGUUGCUAUUGAUGAGGCUAGGAAGGAGCUUGUGGUAGGCAUUAUCGAUGUAGUGCGAACUUAUACUUGGGAUAAGAAGUUGGAGAGUUGGAUUAAGGAUCGGGGAUUUGCGGGGGGUGGGAGGAAUCGUCCGACUGUUACUAGUCCCAAGGUAUGUUUUCUCAAGGGGCCAUGGGACAGGGAAUUUGUAUCAGAAGGCUAAUUUGAACCUGUGUAGGAAUACAAAAGUCGCUUCCGAGAGGCUAUGGAUCGUUAUAUCCUCUAUGCGCCCAAUUCUUGGCAUCAGUGGCAGCCGGAGACGAAACCACCACCAAGAGAGCAGAAGAAGAGUCUUGAAGGACAGGAAUAGUCGAAUUGAUUGGACCGGAUUUCUUUUUCUCUUCUCGAACCUUUUGAAGCAUGGAUUUUGUUUUCCUGGUUUAUUUACUCUUGAGCUUUGGCGUCAUGGGACGUGUGGUUUGAAUUUUAUGGUAUGGAUGGGUGCAUUUGCAUAGCGUGGUUUGGUUGGUGUUGGGUUUGUGUGUUUGGUGCGGGUGGGGGGUUUUUUGUUUUAG